GUUCAAGGUGUAGGCUCUGAGUUCAAACCCCAGUAUUGCAAAAAAAAAAAAAUUACGGUUCAAGGGCCUGGGUCAGGCCAAGACUGCAUUUCUAACAAGCUUCCAAGUGAUGUGGAUACUGCUAGUCCAUCAACCACACUGAUUAGCAAUUCAAAGGGUUAGGGAUGUCUUCUCUAAGGCAAAGAUGCUUGAGCUGACAGUUGAAGGAUGAGGAAAACUGGACUAAGAAGUCUAGGCAUAUGAACCAGUUUGUGCAAAAACCCUGUGGCACUGGAAUUGCUGAAAGAAGGCCAGGUGGCUGAAGUAGUUUGAGGAAAGAAGUGAAAUGGAGCUGAAGACAGCAUGUGACUUGACAUUCAGGACCAUAUGUAAGGUGUGUAGAAUAUUUGCCCUGAUGGUAAGAAGAAGGCAUUGAAAGCAGUUAAGCAGGAUAGAGACACAGUCAGACCUGCAUUUUGAAAAGAUCAUUCUUCUGCACCAUAAAUUAACAGAUGGGGAGGAGAUAGAAACAAAGUGGAUGCAGAACACGAGUUGGGAAUUCAGAGGUUACCGAAGUCUAUGCAUGUGGUAGAGAAGGAGAGAAGCAGUAUGUAAAAUGGUCAAGAUUUUAUAAGGGAUUCCACAUGAGCUAAAGAAAGGGAGUUCCAAGGGUUGUCACCUGAGCCUCUAACCACAGUUGGAUGAUGAAGGAGGAAGUGUUAGAAGUCAAGACAAUCAACUUAUGGAGGGGAAGAACAUGAGUCUGGUCUUGGUCGUACUGAGUUUGAGGUCCCUGUGAGACAUCCAACAUACGUGGAAUAAAAAGGCUGCUUCGAAGAUCUAUGGCUCAGAUGAGAUGUGGGAAGUGGAGAUGUAGAUCUGGUAAAUAGGUGUGCUCUAUUUGUGUUGAAGGUGACUGAGUUCUGGGCAUGGGUGAGAUCACAGGAACAAUAGUGUGAGAUGAGAGGAGGGCCUAGGACCAAGUCUGAGGAUUGCAGGCACAGUGAUGGUGAGGAAGAGUAGGCUGUGCCCACAAUGGAGAAGAGGAGCAGGAGAAAUUAAAGCAAGGGAAUGUGGAGUUAGCAGCCAAAGAAGAAAGAGUUUAGGAGACAACCAACAGGGCCAAAUGCUGUUGAAAAAUGAUGGGAGAUUCAAUAGGUUGGGUGUGAUGAAACCUGGAGAUGAAACCUUGUAGAGGGCUGAAGCUAGAGAGCUGAGCCUGGUGCCACCCCAGUCCUCUAUAUGCACAAGACAUAUUGCAAUUAUGGGGUUCAUAUGUCUGCUUCUCCCCAAGGAACCUCCUUCAAGGCAGUCUAUCCACACCUGUUAUCCCCAAAGCCUAGCAUAAGGCCUGAAACACAGUAGGCACUUAAUAAAUUCUACUAAUAAAUGAAUGUGGAUGGAUGGAUGAUGGAGAAGAACUGGAAGCGAAGGAGGUAUCUGUGGCAUUUGCCUAGGCUACCUACUACCCUUCAGCCUUUUUUCCUUUUACCGCAAUGGCUCGCAGACCCAGGGACCAGACGACAGAGCCCCCAGCCCCUCCUUCCCCUGGGCCCUGGCCCCCCCUUUCCUCUUUCUGACGAAGAGUCUGGACCGAAGGCUCUGCUGACGUGGGAAGGGGAGGAGAAUCUGGAGGAAGGGGAGGGGAAAGCUGCGCAGAGAUCGAGAUCGCAGAGACCGAGGAGGCGCCCGCCGCUGCAGAGCUGCAGAGCGGGGUCUCUUCGGGCUCUCAGUGUCCCAGCACCUGGCGCGCAGCUGGGCCAGAGAACCACACAUUGUUUCAUCGCAAGCCAGCAGGACCCCUGCAGCAGGCAAGCUGGCUCCCCGGGUGGCCACCGGGACCCCCGAGCCCAAUGGCGGGGGCGGCAACAAAAUCGACAACACCGUAGAGAUCACCUCCAGCUCCAACGGACAGGUCGGGACCCUCGGAGAUGCGGUGCCCACCGAGCAGAUUCAGGGUGAGCGCGAGCGCCAGCGGGAGGGGGAGGGAGACGCGGGUGGCGACAGGCUGGGCAGCAGCCUGUCGCUGGCCGUGCCCCCUGGCCCCCUCAGCUUUGAGGCGCUGCUCGCCCAAGUGGGGGCGCUGGGCGGCGGCCAGCAGCUGCAGCUGGGCCUCUGCUGCCUGCCUGUGCUCUUCGUGGCACUGGGUAUGGCCUCGGAUCCCAUCUUCACUCUGGCGCCCCCACUGCAUUGCCACUACGGGGGCUUCCCCCCCAAUGCCUCUGGCUGGGAGCAGCCCCCCAAUGCCAGCGGCGUCAGCGUUGGCAGCACGGCGCUAGCAGCCAGCGCCGCCAGCCGCGUAGCCACCAGUACCGACCCCUCGUGCAGCGGCUUCGCCCCGCCAGACUUCAACCAUUGCCUCAAGGACUGGGAUUAUAAUGGCCUGCCGGUGCUCACCACCAACGCCAUCGGCCAGUGGGAUCUGGUGUGUGACCUGGGCUGGCAGGUGAUCCUGGAGCAGAUCCUCUUCAUCUUGGGCUUUGCCUCCGGCUACCUGUUCCUGGGUUACCCCGCAGACAGGUUUGGCCGUCGUGGGAUUGUGCUGCUGACCUUGGGGCUGGUGGGCCCCUGUGGAGUGGGAGGAGCUGCUGCAGGCUCCUCCACAGGCGUCAUGGCCCUCCGAUUCCUCCUGGGUUUUCUGCUUGCUGGUGUGGAUCUGGGUGUCUACCUGAUGCGCCUGGAGCUGUGCGACCCAAGCCAGAGGCUUCGGGUGGCCCUGGCAGGGGAGUUGGUGGGGGUGGGAGGGCACUUCCUGUUCCUGGGCCUGGCCCUUGUCUCUAAGGACUGGCGAUUUCUGCAGCGAAUGAUCACGGCUCCCUGCAUCCUCUUCCUGUUUUACGGCUGGCCGGGUCUGUUUCUGGAGUCAGCACGAUGGCUGAUAGUGAAGCGGCAAAUCGAGGAGGCUCAGUCUGUGCUGAGGAUCCUGGCUGAGCGGAACAGGCCCCAUGGGCAGAUGCUGGGGGAGGAAGCCCAGGAGGCCCUGCAAGACCUGGAGAAUACCUGUCCUCUCCCUGCAACAUCCACCUUUUCCUUCGCGUCCCUCCUCAACUACCGAAACAUCUGGAAAAACCUGCUUAUCCUGGGCUUCACCAACUUCAUCGCCCAUGCCAUUCGCCACUGCUACCAGCCUGUAGGAGGAGGAGGGAGCCCAUCAGACUUCUACGUGUGUUCUCUGCUGGCCAGCGGCACAGCAGCCCUGGCCUGUGUCUUCCUGGGGGUCACCGUGGACCGAUUCGGCCGCCGAGGCAUUCUGCUUCUCUCAAUGACCCUCACUGGCAUUGCAUCCCUGGUGCUGCUUGGCCUGUGGAACUAUCUGAACGAGGCUGCCAUCACUACCUUCUCCGUCCUUGGGCUCUUCUCCUCCCAAGCUGGUGCCAUCCUUAGCACCCUCCUUGCUGCCGAAGUCAUCCCUACCACUGUCCGGGGCCGUGGCCUAGGUCUGAUCAUGGCGCUGGGGGCGCUCGGGGGGCUGAGUGGUCCAGCCCAGCGCCUCCACAUGGGCCAUGGAGCCUUCCUGCAGCAGGUGGUGCUGGCGGUCUGUGUCCUCCUCUGCAUCCUCAGCGUCAUGCUUCUGCCAGAGACCAAGCGCAAGCUCCUGCCCGAGGUGCUCCGGGAUGGGGAGCUGUGCCGCCGGCCCUCCCUGCUACGGCAGCCACCCCCUAGCCGCUGUGACCACGUCCCACUGCUUGCCACCCCCAACCCUGCCCUCUGAGCGGCCUCUGAGCACUGUGGUGGAAGGCUGGUCUAUACAGAUGGGUGGCAUAGGGCCUAGGCAAGGAAAUUGGGAAGACAAGGAGGAAGGCUCAGAGGCACCUCAUGCCAGCCACUGAGGAGAGCUCAGAGGGCUGUCCCUCCCACUCCCACUCCCAUCUCCUCCCUGCUGCUUUAUGUUCACUUCCUCAGCAAGAGUCAGGGGCGGGGGAGAAUGCCACACUGUAACCAUUGGGUCUGGGCUCCAUCCUGUGCCCAAAGACAUCCUCCCAGACCUCAUCUUUCUUGCUCUAUCAUUGUUUCAAUAAAGACAUUUUGAAUAAAUGAGCAUAUCAUA